AUGUCACAUUCGGUAUUUCUGACAUCGCCGACACAGAACAAGGAGGUUGGCUCGAUCUUCAAUCCAGACCUCCUCAAGUCUAACAAUCCUAAGAAGAGAACUUACCACAAUUCUCCCACUCAGGAACAGCAUCCAGGUGUACAGUCACCUGGCAAAAGACUUCAUUUGCAUAGCAUGAGUCCCAACGUUACUAAUAGGACAAUCUACUUGAAUCAAGCACAACCAAGGAAAAACUCGGCUGGAAGUUCUGUCGACCAGCAAUCCAAAUUUGCUAGACCAGUCUUGUUGAAACCUCCCCUUCCCACUAUCAGAUCAAAAUCGACAUUGACUAUCCCCAGCUUAACAUUAUCACCACCAAAGCAGAAGCUUCGCAGAACAACUUCUAUGAUUAGUGGUGGGGGACUGGCAGGAACAGACCAGCCAAGCACUUCUGACCGGUUCAUUCCUUCUCGCCAUAACUCCAUUUCAAGUAAACUCCAGACGGAAACAACCAAUCCACACCCCAAUGCAUCUCCACAAACCCAUAUUAAGGCUCAGACUUCGAAAAUUUAUCAGCACCAUGUAGCUGAAGCAUGUGGGAUUGAGAUGAACUCUAGGGUAUUGUUGUACCAGCCAUUGCCUCCUGAAAGAAAGAAACCCACAAAUUUAUUCAGUCAUAUCACGGGAGCUAAUGAUGUAAAGUCCAAGUUGACCAGUAAAUCUUCGCUUCGCCCAGCUGCAGCCUCGGCAAGAGCAAAGAAGAUCCCAACCGCUCCAGAAAGGGUUUUGGACGCCCCAGGUUACGUAGACGACUUCUAUCUCAACUUGUUGGCUUGGUCUCUGACCAAUUUGCUUGCUAUUGGCUUGGAAGAUGCCAUAUACGUUUGGAACGCAUCCACAGGAUCUGUGGGUAUACUUUGUGAGUUGCCCAACAAGACGCUUGUUACUUCUUUGAGAUGGUCUGAUGAUGGCUCCUAUAUUUCUAUUGGUAAAGACGAUGGAACGUUGGAGAUUUGGGACAUAGAAACCAAUAGCAAGCUCCGGACCAUCAACUGUGAGAACCACCAAACUAGAAUAGCAUCGCAAGCCUGGAACCAGCAUAUCUUAACAAGUGGUUCCCGAGUGGGGAGUUUGUACCACUCGGACGUCAGAAUUGCCCAGCAUGUAGUCACCAAGAUGGAAAACACUCACACAGCCGAAGUCUGUGGAAUUGAGUACCGUAGUGAUGGUCAGCAUUUUGCAACCGGAGGCAACGAUAACUUGGUCUGUAUCUGGGAUGUUAGACAGUCACAGCAGAAUACACUAAGUGGGGUCAACACUGCCCAACCCUUGUUCACCAAAGCCAACCAUAAAGCAGCUGUCAAGGCUAUUUCAUGGUGUCCCUAUCAGCCUUCUCUUUUAGCUACUGGUGGUGGUUCGAGUGACAAAACCAUCAACUUCUGGAAUUCCACUACAGGAGCCAGAGUCAACACCAUUGAGACAGGUUCUCAAAUCAGUUCCUUGAACUGGGGUUAUGCCUCUGGCACAGGUCUUGAGAUUGUGGCUACCCAUGGAUUUCCAACGAACAACAUCUCAUUGUUCAACUAUCCCACACUCCAGAAAACUGGAGAGAUCAUUGGUGCACAUGACUCACGAAUCCUCUCUGGAUGCUUGAGUCCUGAUAACAUGACCUUGGCUACUGUGGCCGGGGACGAGAACUUGAAGUUCUGGUCGUUGUUUGAUCUCUACAAACAAGGCAGAAAAGACGGUGGUCAUGAAAGAGCCAGUAAUGAGGACGACGAUGGAACUCUCAUGGGCAAAGGAGAUAGCACCAGCCUCAAAAAAAUGAUGAACCUCCGUUGA